AUGUCGCAUACAUUAGUUUCAGUUUUCUUCUCUUUCACUCUCUUUGUCUUUCACCUUGCUCUCCUUUUACUACCUUCCAUUUCUUUAACAAAUUUUUGGAAGAGAAUAUUUUUUUGGCCUUUCUUUUCUAUUUUUUUUCUUUUCCUUCCUUUCUCCAUUUAUUUAAUCUUCCUUUCUCUUUCUCCCUCUCUCACUUUCCUUCGCUCCCUCUCUGUUUGCCUUCCUUUCCCUUUUUUUUUUUCUUCUCUUCUUUCUUUUUCCUUCCUUCCUUCUUUCCUUCCUUCCUUCUUUCUAUCUUUCAUUCUUUCUUUUUCCGUAUUUCUUUCUUUCUUUCCUUCUUUCUUUCUCUUUCCUUCUAGCUAUAUUUCUUUCUUUCUUUCUUUCUUUCUUUUUCCUUCCUUCAUUUCUUCCUUCCUUCCUUCCUUCUUUCCUUCCUUCUUUCUUUCUUUCUUUUUCCGUAUUUCUUUCUUUCUUUCUCCUUCUAGCUAUAUUUCUUUCUUUCUUUCUUCGUACUUCUUUCUUUCUUUCUUUUUCACUACUUUUUAUUUAUCCUCUAUUAGUUUCUUUCAUUUUCCUCUCCUUUUCUUCCAUCUUUACUUUUACUGCUUUUCCUUUUUUUAUCCUUUCUUUCUUUUUCCUAUCUCUUUCUUACUUUCUAUCUUUCUUUCUCUCUUUUUUCCUUUGUUAUUUCUUUCUUCUUUUUUCUUUCUUUCUUACUUUCUAUCCUUCUUUCUUCUUCCUUUUUUCUUUCUUUUUUUCAUCAAUCUCAUUGCCUUUAUUCAUUGCGUUUGUCUUCUUUCUAUCUUUAUUCAAUUUCAUGACUAG